GACUCUAAAAGAUAAGGCACUUAUAUUUAUUGAAUACAGAAAUUCAAUUUAACUUAAUCCAGUUAAAAUGAAAUUCGCAGUGGCAUUUUUAUUGUUAAGCGUUUAUGCGUCGGCCGAACUUUUGGAAACCGAACCUUUAGAAGCCGGAAACGUCAUCAUUGAAAAAAUUCCUGGAGGUUUAUCUGGUUCCGGUACCACCACACGUUAUUGGGAUUGUUGCAAACCAACUUGCUCAUGGCCUGGAAACGUAAAUUACAAAACCCCUGUAAAAUCCUGCCAGCAUGAUGGUGUUACUGCAAUUGACCCUGAAACACAAUCAGGAUGUGUGGGAGGAGGUGCUUAUGUCUGUACUAACCAAGCGCAACGCUCAGUAAAUGACUCUAUUGCUUUAGGUUUUGUAGCCGCCAAAUUCAUUCACUCCAAUCGCAACAUGUGCUGUUCUUGUAUCGUUUUUAGAUUCAAACCAGCGGAACUUGCUGGCAAACAAAUGGUCUUACAAGUUACUAAUACUGGAGAUGACGACCCACAUGCAACUCACAACGAGUUCGAUAUUGCAAUGCCAGGAAGUGGAGUUGGGUAUUACACCCAGGGAUGUUCCUCCCAAUGGAACGCUGACGUUUCUAAAUGGGGCGAUCAAUAUGGUGGUGUGCACAGUAUAGAAGAGUGUCACAAUCUUCCCGCUCACUUGCAACCAGGGUGUGAAUUUAGAUUCACUUGGAUGAAGGGCUACUCGAAUCCCGAUAUUGAAUUUGACGAAGUCGUAUGUCCCAAAAGAUUAACCGAUAUUAGUGGCUGUUAUCCCGCAUCUCAUCCUUAGGUAUUAAAAAUAUUGACAAUGAAAAUAAAGACAAAUAACAUUUUACAUUCAACUACCUACUGUCUAUACCAGGUGUGUCUAAACAUUCAUCCCUUAUGGUCGCUAAUUAUUCUGUAAAAUAUAGUCUGCGAUGAAUUUUGAAUAUAGCAAAUACAUUUUAGGAUUUUUAAAUUUUUGUUAUAGAGAGUUUAAUAAAAUAAAGGAAAAUACAGAAACUAAAAAA